UCUUUGUCCUUUAUCUUGCCUGUUUUUUUCUGCGCAUCUUGCCUGCACCGUCCGACAGCGCUGCAUCAGUUUACUGCCAAAUAAAAUAAAAUACAAAUAAAAUAUUUCCACUAGCCGUUUUUGCUCGCAUCCUCCAUGUGCUCACUGAGUAGAUGCUGCUCCCGUAUCGAGCGAAUAAGGGAAACGUAAUAAUCAGGGAAACGUGCAAAUCAGACUGGCAGAGGUCUCAUUGGCCACUAUCUCUACUGACUCUGGUUUUAUGUGAAACAUUUCAUAUAAAAGCUGAGUUUGUCCCCAUCCAGGUCAUUUUGAGCGACACCAUGCCAGAACAAAGCAAUGAUUACCGGGUGGUUGUGUUUGGAGCCGGAGGAGUGGGCAAAAGCUCCUUGGUCUUGCGCUUCGUGAAGGGAACCUUUCGCGAGAGCUACAUCCCUACUAUCGAGGACACCUACAGGCAGGUGAUCAGCUGCGACAAGAGCAUCUGCACGCUGCAGAUCACAGACACCACGGGCAGUCACCAGUUUCCCGCCAUGCAGCGUCUGUCCAUCACCAAAGGCCACGCCUUCAUCUUAGUCUACUCCAUCACCAGCAAACAGUCUCUGGAAGAGCUCAAGCCCAUCUUCGAGCAGAUCUGCCUGAUUAAGGGGGACAUCGAGAACAUCCCAAUCAUGCUAGUGGGCAACAAGAAUGACGAGGUGAACGCUCUUGAAGUGGAGAGCAGUGACGGAGAGGCUUUGGCCAGGAGGUGGAAAUGUGCCUUCAUGGAGACAUCGGCUAAGACAAACCACAACGUUAAGGAGCUGUUUCAAGAGCUGCUUAAUUUGGAGAAACGCAGAACUGUUAGCCUUCAGAUCGAUGGCAAGAAGAGCAAGCAGCAAAAACGAGCUGAGAAGCUCAAAGGCAAAUGUGUGGUCAUGUGAAAAACCAAAGUGUGCUUGGAAAACCAAAACGGUUUCGCUUUCACGAUGCUCUGGCUAGCACUGUUUACACCUGAAAACAAGAAUGUUGGACACAUACCAAGGUACACUUUUACAGGAACAAUGAUUCAGUGAGACAGUGGUAAACCUUUCUUUCUUCUGUGGAACACAAAAGUAACAUUUUUGAAGAAUAUGCUGGCUGCUCUUUUCCAUAUUACAAAUUAUACAGAUUAUUCAGAAAUUCUAGCUCUUUGAAACGUUUUCCUGUGGAGAAAUACCUAAAGAAUCCGUGAAGUUAGCACUUUUAAUAACUUCUCUAGCUUGUCACAGAUGUGAACCAGAUUUUAGUAACCAACCUGUUCUACUCUGUUCUAGACCACAAAAAGAUGGGCUGAUGUGCAUGAACCCAAUGGCAGUACUAAUACCCUUUCUUUUAUCAAUAAUGUAUACUAACAAUUGCAUAUGACAUUUCAAAAAGCAGUAAAAUCAGUCCUUACAGCACAGGCUGGGCUGCAGCAUAUUAAUGCACUGUAUAACAAAUACAUCAUAUAUGGCAGUUCAUGAUUGCAUAUAUCAGCUGAAUGGGAACAUGUCAAGGCAUGCAGCCAGUAAUGAAGGUAGUAGUCAACCAAAAUAAGCUAAAUGGUUGUUGCUGUGUUAGUUGUGCAAUUUAUUAUCAAAGAUUUAAGUAAGGCUGCUGUAGUUUUAUUUUACUUCCAUAUGCCUUAGAAUUAAAGCUUAGGCUAUAGUUUUAUUUUUAGGCUUUUUUUAAUAAUAAGGAGUUUAGAAAUUUGCUUUUUGAAAAGGGAGUUGACUAUUUUCCUAGUACAGUAUUUGUAUCAAGGGAUAUUGUAGCAUGAAAGGAAAGAUCAGCUAAAUUCACAUAAACAUUAAUUAAUUGUAAAACUUAAAUGAAAACUGCACUGCCCAAAAAAAAUAGAGAUUUUCUUAGUAUUUUGGUCGUUUUUUUUGGUACAUCUUGUUUUACCUUUUGAUUUAAAAAUAGUUUUUCUUACACCACUGACAGAUAUUUGUUCUUCUUUUUUGAGCACAUUUUUGAUCAUUUUUUUCACAAAACAAGACUUUAUGUCUUAAGUCAUUUUGCUUCUCAAGUAAAUGCAUCUUGAUUCAAGAAUGUUGAGUUAAUUGUAAUAGAAAACGAGACAAAAAUACUUAGUAAGAAAAUCAGUUUUUGCAGUGUGGCUGAUUCAUUUUUGAAUAUUGUAAACACUAAUAUUAACUGCUGAUAAAAUGACUAAUAAUUGGCAGUAGUGCUUUUUCAAAUGAACUAACAUGAGCUAUCAACUAUUGUAGAUGUGUUUACACAUAUUUAAUGAAAUAUCAGCAAGUGCUUUUGAGAGUGAUAUAUAUAUUUUGUAAUUAUAUAUUUUUAGCAUGACAGGUCUUGUAAUCAAGUUCAAGUGCUAUACUGUAUUGAAACUCACUUGUCUGGUUAGAGUGAUGUAAACAGCUGUUUAUUAACUAUAUUAGAGUACUGGAGACCUUUAAUGCCAUAUUUAACUUGAAUCUGUGCAAAUGUUGCUAAUGAGAAUUGAUGGCGAUAUGUAGCUAUUAUGGAUGCUCAGUCCCAAAGCUUACAGUGGGUUUCUGUUAUACAGUAGGAGUUCCGAUAUGUAAAAUGUAAUAUUGUUUUGAUGAAAUGCCUGCAUAGACAUCAUGUGUGCCUACAAGUUUAUAUGAUUGUAUUAUGGGUCACAAGAAUAAAUAAUAUUAUGCAUUUGAUGCUGAAUAGUCUUAUUAUACUGAGAGGCUAUAAUGACAGCGGUCUGUUUUUCUUGAAUCAUCCAUUAACUAGAUAUGUAUCCAACAUUUUCACAUGAAAACAUUUUAAGGGUUGCAAUAGAAGCCUGCUGCCUUUGAAUUCAAACAAUU